AUGCGCUCGGAUUGUGGGGCCCACCGGGCGCGGACGGGGAACCGAGCUGCGGGCGCAGAAAGGCGCGCAGGACGCUGGCUGGCGGGAGGGGUACGGCGCCAGAGGAACCCGGCAGGGCGCGGGGGGGUGGAGGGUGACUGGAGGGUUGGGGGGGCAGGGGGGCGGGCCCUGGAGGGGACCCAGGCCCCGGACCCGCGCACGUCGCCGCCGUCGGAGGCGCGCCCAGGGGCGGAGCCGCCCGUCGCGCCCCGCCCAGGGUUGGCCCCGCCCCGGCCCCGCCCCCGGGUGCGCGGCGCGCCGGCUCCGCCGCUGCGCUCCCGUCAGCGCCUCUCUCCUCGGCGCCGGGCCUGGCGUUCUAGAACCCGCCGCGCCGCCGCCUCAGGUGCGGGGGCCCGGCGCGGGCGGCGGCGCUGUCCGCUCCCGUCCGCUCCCCUGCCCGGCCCGCAGGUGGCGCAAGCCCGGCAGGAGCCUGGGUGCCGUCUCGGGCCCGGCCUCCCCCCGACACACAGGCCGGGCCUCCGCCUCGCCGGGUUCCGCCCUCAGACCGCCGCUCCCCCAGGCCCGGCCCGGCCCGGCGCACCUGCCCAGGACCCCCGCCCCGCGCUGGCACGCUCAGCACCAAUGAGGAGACUCGGUCCAGCCACCCAGCCCAGUCCAGUCGUGCAGGAAAAUGGAGACAACCUCAUCCCCUUUGCCAAGUGUUCCAGGGUGGUCUGCCGCUCGGCACCCCCUGGCUUGGCUUCCCAGAGCCUCGGACUGCCCCAGCGAUCCGGAGGCCUCUUCUGGAAGAACCUUAGCCAAAGGCCCAGCCCCACCUGGACGGAAGAACAGUACACCCCACCCCUGCUGAGAGCCACUGGAUGCUCCCAGCCUGGCCUGUACACCCCGGAGGGGCUCCCACCACCAGAGGUGCUUUGCAGAAGAAAGAGAAGGAGACCACUUUCGGCAGGAAUGCAGCAGGGACCUGCGGGCAUCCCAGCCCGGGUGAAGGCAGUCACUUAUCACCUGGAGGAUCUAAGGAGGCGACAGAGACUCAUCAAUGAACAGAAGAAGGCCCAGUGGGGCAGCUCUGGGGCUGCAUCUGAGCCCCUGGCACUAGCUGAUGACCACCAUGGAGUCCCCAGUGCCACCGCAUACCGGGGUCUGGAAGAGGACAGGGCUGCCUAUCCACAGGAAGACGGCCACCCUCUCACGGCUGGCCGGCCCCAGCUGCUCUGGUCUCCCUGGAGCCCCCUGGGCCACGGGGGGUCUUGCCUCCCCAGGCGGCUGGGCUCCCUGGCCUCCUUCAGCGCUGUCACAGCCAGCAGGAAGCUCCUCUGCGAGCCCUGGGGGAUGGAGGUGCAGUCUGAGGAGUGA